CAGGAACUCUGGCUCAGUCUCCACCCCAUGACGGGGCGGGUCCUGUCGGCCCGAACGAGGGUGUGGCAGCCGCAGUAGGCUCACAGCCGGUUUCCGAGCGGGAGGAGCUUCUGCCGAGGUGACUGAACUCUCAACGUGACCUACAGCCAUGGCCACCAAAGGGGGGACUGUAAAAGCUGCUUCGGGAUUCAAUGCGGUUGAAGAUGCCCAGGCCCUGAGGAAGGCCAUGAAGGGACUUGGUACUGAUGAAGAUGCCAUUAUUGGAGUCCUGGCCUACCGCAACACUGCCCAACGCCAGGAAAUCAGGACUGCUUACAAGAGCAACAUCGGCAGGGACCUGAUGGAUGACUUGAAGUCGGAGCUGAGCAGCAACUUUGAGGAGGUGAUUUUGGGGAUGAUGACGCCCACGGUGCUGUACGACGUGCAGGAGCUGCGGAAAGCCAUGAAGGGAGCUGGCACAGAUGAGGGCUGCCUGAUCGAGAUCCUGGCUUCUCGUACCCCCGAGGAGAUCCGUCGCAUCAACCAGACAUACCAGCAGCAAUAUGGAAGAAGCCUUGAAGAGGACAUCUGCUCUGACACAUCCUUCAUGUUCCAGCGAGUACUGGUGUCCCUGACAGCGGGUGGCAGGGAUGAAGGGAAUUACCUGGAUGAUGCGCUCGUGAAGCAGGAUGCCCAGGACCUGUUUGAGGCUGGAGAGAAGAGAUGGGGGACAGACGAGGUGAAGUUCCUAAGCAUCCUCUGCUCCCGGAAUCGGAACCAUCUGCUGCAUGUGUUUGAUGAAUACAAAAGGAUCUCACAGAAGGACAUUGAGCAGAGUAUUAAAUCUGAGACAUCGGGGAGCUUUGAAGAUGCCCUGCUGGCUAUAGUGAAGUGCAUGAGGAACAAACCUGCAUAUUUUGCUGAAAGGCUUUAUAAAUCCAUGAAGGGCUUAGGCACUGAUGACAGCACCCUCAUCAGAGUGAUGGUUUCUCGAGCAGAGAUUGACAUGCUGGACAUCCGGGCCAACUUCAAGAGGCUCUAUGGGAAGUCUUUGUACUCUUUCAUCAAGGGCGACACUUCCGGAGACUACAGGAAGGUUCUCCUCAUUCUCUGCGGAGGAGAUGAUUAAAUCAAGACCCGGGACAGAGGCUUAUUAACGCUGAUUUUUUUAAACUUCAUUUUUCUGCACUGCUAUUAACAUUAUCUCAAAUGCUUAUUUCCAAUUAAAACGCCUCCAGUUGCCUCCUAUGAUCUAGGCUGUGUUAUUAUCGUCUAUAAUUAGUCAUUUUGAUGCCUUAAACCUGUACUUUCAAAGCUUUUAAGACCUAAAUGGAGAUUUAGAAUUAGAAAUUAAAAUGUUCUCCAUGUCUGUAA